UCACAAUGAAGAGUAUUGUGUAUAUUUUAAUUUUAAUAAACGUGGUCUCUAGUGUACCUGAACAAAAAUGGCGUGAAAGUGAAGAUGGCAGCAAGUUUUAUAUUGAAGCUACAAAAAAAGUUAAUUUUUUCGAAGCCUGGAGCGACUGUGCCCGUUUAAAUAUGUCCCUGAUUGCCAUUGAUUCCUAUGCUAAACAUCAACAAAUCGAUGGUUUACUAAGGCGACUAUACACCUCUUGUCCAUCGGUUUGGAUAGGCGCUCAUGACAAUGCUGUACACUUACGUUUCGAAUGGAUGUCAACUGGUGAACCAUUUACCUUUACCAAUUGGGGACCUGGACAACCGGCUGAUACUGCAAAAGAUGAACAUUGUUUACUUAUGUGGACGGAUUUUCAAUGGCAUGAUUAUCCCUGCACGGGUAAACUGGGUUAUAUAUGCGAGGAGAAUCCAAUGACUAAGAAGGGCUGCGGUCAGCCAUGGUUGAGAAAUAAUAUGCGUGAUAUGAGUGAUUUGAAAAAUGUUUUAUUUUAUUUUAAUAAUGGUAAAUAAAAGUGAAAUUUUGUGAAAUAAUA